UUGUUAAAAAAAAUUUGAACAACAAGAAUUCUUUUUAUCUCUUAUUGUUUAUAAUAUAUAAUAAAUAUAUUACAAUUGAUAAAAUAAAAAGUUUAUUUAUAAAAUUUAUAAAUAAACUUUUACUCAACGUAUCGUAAUAUUGUUCAUUGUAAAUUAUGACUUGUGCGUAAAAUGACUAUUUUCUUAUGUUUCCUGUUUGAUGCGUGAGGAAUAAAUAUAAGGAUAGAAGAAAAAAACAAGAACGUAUCAUAAAUAGAUAUGAUUGUAAUAUACGAUUAUAAUAUAUCGAUAUGGUACUCGUUGCACUCAUAGGUAUUAGAAUAAUAUUUUGACUUUAUUUUGUCGUUGAUUAUUCAACUGUCGAUGUAUGAAAUAAUGUUUCGAUUCGAAAGUUUUUUGAUGUAAAAGGGAUGAUGAAUAUUACAAUAACUAAUUUUUCGUUGCUUCCCGAGAUUUUUAACGAGAUGCAACUCUUCAAGUUUUUUCGUUACAACACGUGACAUUUGAUCAUAUUUGACAUACGAUACGAAUUCUUAUAAUCAAAAAUUAUUACAUCACGGGAUUCGAAAAAUCGAUAAUAAUUAUUGAGAUACGAUCGAUUUUUAUCGAUUUUAUCGUAAUUAUCAAUAUUGUUCAAAAUAUCGUUUGCUUCAAUCGAUACGUGAACGCAAUGCGAUCGACAAUAUAAUAACACGUUACAAUUUAAUAUUCCAGCGAUGUUUUUACGAUUUUUCGUGUCUUCUUGGCGUAUAAAUAAAUACGUAUAUCCAUAAAUAUAUAUAUAUANUGUGUACUAUAUAACGAUUAGAUUCGUUCAAUUAUCAUUCAAUAUCAUUUAAUAUAGGUACUGUGUACCCAUCUCGUUCGAUCCAUCGUUCGAUCAGAUGAUGGAUUACGCAUGUUAUUGUAUCCACAAUUUUAUUCUAUAUACGUAUACGUGUAUGUACAGAGUAAUGUGUAUGAUAUUUACAAUUUGAUACAUGUGCGAGAAUUUCUGGAAUUUUGUACACUUGAUAUUAAUACGUUCGAAUCGAUGUACAUAUAUCUUUUAAAAAAAAUAAAGAUGCAUAUAUUUUAUAUACAUAUAAAUAGAUAUAUUCGCGAUGCAAAAUUUUUCGUUUUAACAUCGUUCGAUUUUUGUUCUAUUAUAUCUUCAUUCCGAUGAAUAAAUACAUUGUUUCCAUUUAUUGUAUUUAUAUCGUGAAAGAACGGUUAUAUUCGAUGGUUCAUUGCACUUGUUAUGCGAUAACAAUUAAUGCGAUAAACAAUUAUUGGUAAGAUAAUAAUUAUAGGAAUGAAAUGGAAUAAAACUUGUAACGAGUCAACAAGGGUAGGGUAGGAGGUUUAGUCCGGUUUGUGAAACGUAACGAAACGGUUUGAGAAAAAUCGAUCCUCUCGUGAUUCGAAUUAUAUGUAGAUAUUAUCGAAACGUGUUCGAUUCGCACGUGGAUAAUUAAAAUUGAUUCGAAAUAUCGAUAAUAUUGUUUCGCGCGUCGAAAAGUAAAAAGUAAAAAGCGAAAAGUGCUUAGUCAAACGUAGUGCGUAAUCAAGAAUAUUGACUCUCGUAUCAUAAGGGAGAAACGUGAUAAUAUACUAUUGUCUGUGUAUACGCAUGCAGAACGUGCAAGUUGAAAAAUAAGAGUGGGAGAAACUCUUUUCGGUGAUGGACUAUAAAACCACGAUCGAUCGAUCGAGGGAUCGUAGUGUCUUUUUUGCGAUUUACUUUGUUACUUUGUGUCGACCCUACCUUACAACUUGUGUACACGUUCGGAUAUCGAUUGGUUAAUAAACAUGACUUCCCGUAUGACGAAAAGGGUGUCCAUCGUUUCCAUCUCGGAACGGAUACAGACACCGGUGUCUAAACCUAAAGCAUCGUAUGGAUGUAGACACACGCAGGGCAUUUUGAUGGCUUUGGGUUUCUUCUGUUGCUAUGCCAUUAGGGUGACUACAUCGGUGACGCUAGAAGCUAUGACCAAUGCUUCCACUGCAAAUCCUGCUUUUCCACAAUUUUCAUGGGACGAAAAGGUCAAGGAUGUAAUUCAGAGUUCCUUUUUCUGGGGAUACGUGUGCACGCAAAUCAUUGGCAGCAUGGUGGCGCAACGUUGGGGAGCUCAUAAACUUUUCUCACUAGCACAAUUCGCGUGCGGUUUCGUAACGCUUUUAAUUCCCGUGCUUGCCGAAAACGCGGGAUGGGAAGCGUUUUGCGUUACUAGAGUGAUCGCCGGUGUAUUUCAAGGCACCGUUCUUCCGUGUCUUCACGCGUUGCUCUCAAAAUGGGCACCCAUGGAAGAAAGAGGAAGAAUAUCGACAUUCGUGUAUGCCGGAGGUUGGAUCGGAAAUGUAACUUGUUUACUGAGUACGGGUCUAUUGGCUGCUUCACCUUGGGGAUGGCCCAGUUGUUUUUACGUUUGGGGCAGUAUAACUAUCGUUUCCAGUCUUUUGUUCUUUUUCAUUGGUUACGAGUCACCGGCCGAACAUCCAAAUAUACCUCAAGAUGAAAAACAAUAUAUCGAGAGUAGUCUUGGAAUGAUAGAAACGGAAGAAAAAUUAUCGACUCCUUGGAUCAAAAUACUUAAGAGUCGUCCAAUGUGGGCAUUAAUGGCUACUCAAUCUGCUCACACUUGGGGUUUCUGGAUGCUUUUAACGAAAAUCCCAUCGUAUUUUCAAGCGGUAUUUAAGGUUAACAUUAAAGAAAAUGGUCUUAUGAGCGCACUACCAUACUUCACAGCCUGGCUAUUUAGUUUUCCCGUUAGCUUUAUUUCGGAUCUACUUAUCAAACGAAAUAUCCUCACUGUUCAAGCAUCGAGAAAGAUUUGCAAUACGUUCGGUGAAUGGGUACCAGCGCUCGCAUUAAUAGGUCUUGGAUAUGUUGACAAAGAGCACUCUGAAAUAGCAGUAGCAAUUUUGGUAAUUGCUGUUACUAGCAAUGUUGCUAUUUAUUGUGGACAUAACGUCAAUCAUAUGGAUCUUAGUCCAAAUUUUGCCGGACCAUUGAUGGGUAUCAUAAAUACCGUAGCGAAUAUUUUUAGUAUUUUGGCUCCAUUAAUCGUCGGUGUUAUCGUUCAUGAUAAAACUAAUGUUGAAGAAUGGAGAAAUGUAUUCUUUUUAACGAGUGUAAUAUAUUUCGUUGGAAAUUUAAUUUUUAUCAUGUUUGGUACAUGUAAAAUUCAAGCAUGGAAUGAUCCUGUAGAAAAACAGAAAGAUAUCGCUAUGAAUUCUACGAACGAAUCAUCGGUGGAGAAUGGAAAUGUACAAAAAACUAAAGAAUAUUGAAAAGAUGGCUUUUUAUAGAAAAAGAAUCGUGAUGGUGUUACCAUGAUGCCAGACAGUAUAAAUAUUUAUCAUAACUACUAAUAAAAUGUAUUAUAAAUGC